AUGAUGAACCCUACAAAACCUAAUAACACCUUUUUGAGAUACCUUUUCUUGUUCCUUUGGGUUUUUUUGUCGAUGGAGGUUGGUUUAGGGCAAAAACAAACAAGAGAGAUCAAAGUAGGAGUAGUUCUUGAUCUCGAAACAACGUUUUCCAAGAUCUGCCUCACUUCUAUGAACAUGUCAUUGUCCGAUUUCUACAAAGAGCAUCCUAAUUACCAAACAAGACUUGUGUUUCACGUCAGAGAUUCCAUGAGAGAUACUGUUCAGGCUUCAGCUGCAGCUUUGGACCUAAUCCGGAACGAGCAAGUGAGUGCCAUCAUCGGACCAAGAAACUCUAUGCAAGCACAGUUUAUGAUCAGACUCGCCAACAAAACUCGUGUACCGACCAUCACAUUCUCUGCAUCAAGCCCUCUUUUAACAUCCAUCAAGAGCCCUUACUUCGUCCGAGCGACUGUCAAUGACUCAUCCCAGGUCAAAGCCAUUGCAUCCAUUUUUGAAUCCUUCGGAUGGAGAAGGCUCGUUGCCAUUACUGUGGACAACGAGUUAGGUGAAGGAAUCAUGCCUUACUUGUCUGACGCUUUACAAGACGUGAAAGUCCACAGAAGUGCCAUCUCCCCGGAGGCUAACGAUGACCAGAUUCUGGUGGAACUUUAUAAACUCAUGACGAGGCAAACUAGGGUUUUCCUUGUCCACACGGACUCACGUCUAGCUUUGCGGAUUUUUCAGAAAGCUAGAGAGAUCGGGAUGAUGCAAGAAGGGUAUGUAUGGUUAAUGACCAAUGGAAUCACGCAUAGAAUGAAACACAUCGACCAUAGCUUAAGUACUGUAGAGGGCGUUUUAGGUGUGAGGAGCCAUGUCCCUAAAUCGAAAGAGCUUCAAGAUUUCCGUUUGAGAUGGAAAAGAAGGUUCGAGAAGGAGAAACCAACGUUGAGAGAUGAUCCAAGCGCUUUUGCAUUGUGGGCGUAUGAUUCAAUCACUGCACUGGCCAUGGCCGUAGAGAAAGCCAAAUUUGAUAUCUCGUUGCAUGAUAAUGGGAGGGUCUCGUCAAAGAACAUGACAGAUUUGGGGAACGUAAGAGUCUCUCCCUACGGUCCAAGUCUUCUAAAGGCUCUCUCGGAAGUACGUUUCAAGGGUUUAGCAGGAGAGUUUAAUCUCAUAAACGGGCAGCUCGAGUCACCAAAGUUUGAGAUCAUCAACUUUGUCGGAAACGAAGAAAGGGUACUCGGAUUUUGGACGUCGAGCAAUGGACUUGUGAAUGCUAAUUCAGACAAAACAAGGUCGUUCGGGCCAGUGAUAUGGCCAGGGAAGUCGACGGUUGUUCCUAGAGGAUGGGAGAUUCCAACAAACGAGAAGAAGAUUAAAGUGGGCGUUCCAGUAAAGAAAGGCUUCUUUAAUUUUGUGGAGGUAACCAAAGAUCCUAUCACUAACAUAACAACCGCAAAAGGUUACGCCAUAGACAUCUUUGAAGCUGCUCUUAAGAAGUUGCCAUAUUCAGUCAUUCCACAAUACUACCGUUGCGAGUCUACAGAUGAUGACUACAAUGACUUGGUCGACAAAGUCUACAACGGGACUUUGGAUGCGUUUGUUGGAGAUGUAACCAUCACAGCGCAUAGAUCCACGCGUGUUGACUUCACGUUACCGUACACAGAGUCUGGAGUAUCUAUGAUGGUGCCUGUGAGAGACAAUAAGAACAAGAACACAUGGGUGUUCCUCAAACCUUGGAGCUUAGACUUAUGGCUCACCACUGGUUGUUUCUUCGUCCUCAUUGGUUUUGUUGUCUGGUUGUUCGAACAUAGAGUCAACACAGACUUCCGUGGACCGCCUCACCACCAGAUCGGUACUAGCUUUUGGUUCUCCUUCUCCACCAUGGUUUUUGCCCACCGUGAGAAGGUAGUGAGCAACUUAGCAAGGUUUGUGGUGGUUGUGUGGUGCUUUGUGGUGCUUGUGCUCACUCAGAGCUACACAGCAAAUCUCACCUCUUUCUUGACGGUACAACGUUUCCAACCAACGGUCACAAAUGUGAACGAUCUCAAAAGGAAUGGGGACUAUGUAGGGUAUCAACACGGGGCUUUCGUUAAAGAUAUUCUACUAAAGGAGGGAUUCGAUGAAUCUCGGCUUGUGGCUUUUGGUUCAUCCGAAGACUGCAACGCGUUAUUGUCCAACCGCAGUAUUGCAGCUGUUUUCGACGAAAUUCCAUACCUGAGAGCUAUCCUUUCUCAAAACUGCUCCAAAUAUGUCAUGGUUGAACCUACAUAUAAGACUGCUGGUUUUGGCUUUGCAUUCCCCAAGAACUCACCUUUCACAGGAGAUGUCUCAAAGGCUAUCUUAAACGUGACCCAAGGAGCUGAAAUGCAACACAUAGAGAACAAAUGGUUCAUGAAACAUAAUGAUUGUCUUGAUCCAAAGACCGAACUUUCGUCAAACAGUCUCGGCCUCAAUAGCUUUUGGGGUCUGUUUCUAAUAGCAGGCAUUGCUUCAUUCUUGGCACUACUAAUUUUUGUGGCCAUUUUCUUGUACGAAAAUAGGCAUACAAUAUAUGAUGAUUCCGAAGAUUCGGUUUGUCGAAAGCUAACGUCUUUAUUCAGAAUCCUCAAUGAGAAAGACUUUAAGUCUCAUACUUUCAAGAACAGUGCCGUUCAUAAUGUGAGCUCACCUAUGUCGACACACUACACUCAGAGCCCAUCAGCUGUGCAAAUCGCACCGAGGCCAGAAAGUUCAUCACAAAACAGGGAGUUUGAGCUAAGAAGAAUGUCUUUUACCCCAAGCGAAGAAGGCUUCAUUACGCAAACUAUACAUCAUGAAGAUGAGGCAACUAGUAUUGAAUGUAGAGUUGAAAAAUAGAGAGAAACUUAGAAGACUCCAUAACAAGUUUUAGAUA